UCACAACGAACGGGACUCAGCAAAGAGACUUCAGCCAGAAGCCAAGAAACUACAGUACUACCUGUACUAAACCACAGAUCCUGAAAGAUGGCAGACACUGCAGUCGCUACACCCGCCGACAAGAAGGCCCCACCCAAGUUCAAGCAGAGGGCUGCGAGGACCUUCAAGAGCAAGGCCCCGAAGCCAGGCCAGAAGGGAUUCGGAGACGACAUCCCCGGCAUGGAGGGCCUGGGCACCGACUUCACAGUGGUCUGCCCUUGGGAAGCUUUCGGCGACAUGGAGCUCAGCGACCUGGCCAAAUAUGGAAUUGUCUAGAGACCGCCCCGUGUCUUCAGCUCAGCGAUCUUACCUCCCUGCAGUAUUUUUCCUGCACUGAACCUUCCUGCCUCGCCCUCUCGUCCUUUGCCUCCCUUCGAACCUGACCCCAUAUGUUUUUGCUGCAGUGGGUUUUGGGAAUUG